CCAUGUAUCCUGCAUCCAUCGAUCAGGUCUCAGCAUUGCAGAUCGAACAGACCAGCAGUGCUGAACACACAAACUUGGCUGCUAUUCACUGCAACUCAGGUGGCACCGCCGCCAUGGCGUACUACUCGGAGUCGGGCUACUGCUCGGAGGACGUGAGGAGGCCGUACGCCGAGCCGGGGCACUACCACGGCGAGGGCGGCGAGCGCUACGCCGUCCGCAAGGAGUACGAGGAGAUCGACGAGGUGGCGCGCGCCGGCAGGGGCCACUACGGCCACGGCCACCUCGGUCGCAGCGGCAGCCACCACCACGCCGGCCAUGCUGGGCACGAGGGGUCGUGCCAUGGGCACCUCGGCGGCGAAUACCGCGAGCAGCACCACCUGCACGGCCACGGCCACGGCGGGCGACACUACGACGCGUGCGAGAGCAGGCGCUACGACUCGGGCACCGGCCAUCAGUACUACGCUUGAGGCUUGAGCUGGGAUCGGACGGCCGAGGUGAACGGUCACGGUCAUCGUCAUGUCAGGGCUCCUACCAUCCUGAGUCCUGAGUCCUGACAGGGAGCUACUAGCUGCUGGUACUCCGUCUUAUUAUGUAUACGAGAAUAAGACCGUGAUGAUGAAUAAAGGUUUUGCGUGCUUCCAGGGCGGGCACGCCCUGUGUUUUUAAA